GUCGUCAUGCCCGCGUAGCUGAGUUAAAAGCGUCGUCAGGCCUCGCGUGUUGGUACUGCUCCAGCGAGAUGCCGACGCCGCGCCCCGCGUAGCCGCACUUUCACGCGCUGGCCGCGUCAAGCUGCGCCGCAAGUGCAGUGAGCCUCGAGCCCUCGACACGCUGCAGCGCUGCGCUUCGCGGGAGGCCGCCUUGCCGUUGCUCGCCCUUCGUGCGCUACUAUGUGCUUGCCACAACACCAUGGCCAUGCCGCUGCUUCUUGUUGACCGGCGCAUGUCAACAAUCACGUGAUGUUGUGCUGCCGUAUCUCACUGGCUUGGGGGCGACGGGAAGCAGGGUCGAAGGCAAAAAGGAAAUUCAACGAGAGCUUUGUUUAAAUCAGACCAAAUGCGAGUUCCAGGGGUUACGCGGUCGGAGACAUAAUUUGAGGAUGAAAUAUGGAUAACUUAACCGGGCCGGCCUGCAAGCUCAGUGUACAGGCUCCAGCACCGCACGGGCCAUGCAACGCAAAUCCAGCAACACUAAACUCCGGCCCAGUUGAGCCAACCCAGACUUGUUCAAAACAGAAGUCACCACGCGCCACGAACGCACGGGUUCCGGCAACCGACGGAAAAUCACCAGUCACCACCGCGGCGCAAACUCCUUGCAUGGCCUUGGUUUGGUAGCUAUUGAGAUGUUUCGCUGGAUGGAGAUGGAGAAUGUAGCACCAAAUGACGUCACCUUUCUUGCAAUCCUGUCAGCAUGCAGCCAUGUUGGAUUGACUGAUUUGGGUCGCUGGUAUUUCAAAAUAAUGGUUUCUCAGUACAUGGUUAAGCCACGAGUUGAACACUAUGGAUGCAUGGUCGAUCUACUUGGCCGUGCUAGUUAUUUGAUGGAAGCUCAGGACUUAGUUCAGGACAUGCCUUUCAAGGCCAAUGCAGCAAUAUGGGGAGCUCUUACUGCUGCUGCUCGGACACAUACUGAUGCUGAGCUUGGCAAACAAGCUUUGUUGCAUUUGAUUGAGCUUCAGCCUCACAACAGUGGGGACUAUAAUCUCCUAUCUAAUAUCUAUGCAGAACAGGAGAGGUGGGAUGUUGUGAGCAAACUUCGGAAGCAAAUCAAAGACAGGGGCUUAAGAAAUGUUCCAGGGAGUUCUAUUAUUGAAUUCGAUGGCAUGGUUCAUGAGUUCACUUCGAGAGAUGGAUCACAUCCUGGCUUACACAAGAUAUGUCACGUACUAUGUGAGAUCACCAGCAUGAAAUCUAUUAGUUUUGUUGCUUUGCUUCCUGAAGUAUUGCGUGAUAUUCAAGAAGGGUGUGACCAUUAUUCACAUCAUAGCCCAGGUGUGCCAAGCUAAAGUUUCUGUGAAAUUGGCAGCAUGGUUCAGCUCACACCUACAGUGAAUCCCAUCCGUGCAUACAGAAGAUGUUGAUCUUUUAUAUGACAUCAGUUUUUUUGAGGUAACCUGAAGUCCCACUGAUUAUGCCUGAUACUUUACUUUGUAUGGAAGGAUUAAAUAUUCUGGUACACUCUGCAAGAAAUAUACUCACUCCGUUCCAUAAUUCUUGUCUCAAAUUUGCCAAAAAAUGGAUGUAUCUAUUCCUAAAAAGUGUCUAGAUAUAUGUAAUAUUUCGACAAGAAUUAUGGAACGAAUGAAUAUUAUAUAGAGAGAGUAUAUAUUCUACUUUAUCAUUUUUGAUAAAUUCUAUAUGCUAUUUCUAAGAUACUUCAACGCGAACUACAUGAAAUUUUUGUAAGUUGGAACUUAGUUUUUAUUGUGUUUGAGAAAUACCUUCAUAUUUGUACAUAUAAUAGAGUAUAUUAAAAAGCUGCA